AUGCUGGAAGUAGACGAGGUGGAUGACAAGGUACAUCUCACGACCUUCAAAGCAGGAUUGAAGUCCAGAGAUUUUGUGGCAUUUUUGGCAAAGAACCCCCCUAAGAUAAUGGCUGAAGCAUUGUUGAAAGCACAGAAGUACAUGAACGCGGAAGAAGCUCUAGUAGCCAUUGACGGAGCAGAAAAGAACAAGGAAAAGAAGAAGGAAAAGGAGGACGAUCGAGGAGGGCAGAAAAUGGAUCGGGCUGAUCGACGGAAUGACGAUGGAAAUAGGCGGAGGGAGGACAAGAACCCUCGUCCAUCGAAAUUCACACCGUUGAUGAUACCCGUUGACCAGAUUCUAACAGAGAUAAGGGACGAACCGCCUCUCAAGUGGCCAAGACCACUCCAUUCAGUGCCUGGUUUGCGCGACAAGAGGAAAUACUGCCGUUUCCACAAAGACCAUGGGCAUUACACGGAGGAUUGUAGGGACCUGAAAGAGCAAAUUAAAGAGCUCAUCCGUAAUGGGAAACUACAACAGUAUAUAAAAAUGGGAGAUUCCAGCAGGUACGGACAGAAAAGCCAGCAAGUUAGUUCAAGAAGAGACGAAGACCGCCCCCAACCUCGUCCACAAAGCGCACUGGGGGAGAUAAAAACCAUUGCCGGAGGACCAACCACGAGGGGAUCAUUCAAAUCCCUCAGGAAAUCAUACCAAAGGCAGGUAAACAGUGUCCACAAUAUACCCCUCUUGAAGCAAAGACAAACCAAUGGAGACAUGUAUUUCUCCGAAGAAGAUGCCAGAAGUGUAAAGCAACCUCAUGAUGACCCACUCGUCAUUAUGAUCAUGAUCAAGGGGUUCAAUACGUGA